CAUUGUUGGCUAACCUUCUAUAUAUACCACUCUACCUUAUUUGCUUUUAUCAUAUCCAAAAUCUCUAUUUUCCCUCAUUAUUUGAACACUUAUUGUAAUCAACUCCCACAAUCUCUACUUUCUCUUAUUAACUGAUAUAAGUUUUUGUUGAUUACUUGAAAUCAUGAGGGGUUUGCUUUUUACAUCUUCUAAAGCUUCAUCACCAUCGCAUUCACAUUCAUCCACCCAUUCUCCGGCAAGAACUCCGGUGACCACCCCUUCGCACCACCGAACCUUUUCCGCUUCCCUCCAGGAAGAAGAUUUGUUAUACGCUGAACAAGUAAUUACAAGAUGGGAUCUAGACUCCCCGUUUUACUCGAAACUCGACUAUUUGUUCACCGGAGACAGACGACAAGCUCGAGAGUUUGUUAAAUCGGUUAACAACUUGCAGUCCGCAAUGCGUUUGUUCGUGUCCGAGAGCGCGAGCUCGGAGAAGAUUAUUCAUGCUCAAAAGUUGAUGCAAGUUGCCAUGAAGAGGUUGGAGAAGGAGUUUUAUCAAAUGUUAUCCGCCAACCGAGAUGUUCUUGAUUCGGAGUCGGUUUCUAACCGGUCUUCGAGGGCUAGAUCGAGUGUUUCGGACGAUGAUAACGCGUCCGAGGAGGAUGAUCGCGUUUCGAUGUCUGGAACCACGGUUUCGGAUGGAGAUAGAGUUUCGGUUUCGGAGAUGGUUAUGGCGGAUCUUAAAUCGAUUGCGGAUUGUAUGAUCGGUUCUGGUUAUGGUAAAGAGUGUGUCAAGAUUUACAAAAUUCUCAGGAAAUCGAUUGUUGACGAGACGUUGUAUAAUCUCGGAGUCGAGAAAUAUAGUUUAAAUCAGUUGAACAAAAUGGAUUGGGAAGUUUUGGAAGCUAAGAUUAAGACUUGGUUAUACGCGGAGAAAAUCGCGGUUAAAUCGCUCUUUUCGGGCGAACGAAUUCUUUGCGACUACGUGUUUUCUUCGUCUGAGAAAAUACGAGAGUCGUGUUUUUCAGAAAUAUGUAAGGAACGCGCCAUCACAUUGUUCGAAUUCCCCGAACUCGUGGCGAAAUCGAAGAAAUCGAUGGAUAGAAUGUUCAGGACACUUGAUAUGUACAGCGCAAUGUCGAACCAAUGGUCCGAGAUUGAAAUGAUCUUCUCCUUUGAUUCCAUGACGGCCGUCCGCACACAGGUGGUCACGUCCUAUGUAAAGCUAGGAGACGGGGUCCGCGCUAUGUUAGCGGACUUCGAGGCCGCCAUGCAGAAGGAGACAUUAAAAACUCCAGUCGUGAGCGGAGGAAUCCAUCCGCUCACACGUUACGUCAUGAAUUACUUAGUUUUCUUAAGCGAUUACAGCGAGGCACUCUUCGAUAUUCUCGCUGACUGGCCGCUUGAGGUCCAGUCGCCAUUACCGGAAUCUUACUUCUCUUACACCAAUUCUGACGAAUCGUCUUCGAUCUCCGCACGCUUCGCGUGGCUCGUCCUCGUAUUACUUUGUAAAAUCGACGCGGGCGCCGAGCUUUACAAGGACGUAGCUCAGUCGUAUCUUUUCCUCGUUAACAACUUAAACUACGUCGUUUCAAAAGUUCGUAACUCCAAUUUACGGCUCCUGAUCGGAGAAGACUGGCUGGUGAAACACGAGCAGAAAGUGAAACAAUACGCCGGAAAUUACGAACGUAUGGCGUGGAGUAAAGUGAUUACAUCGUUGCCACCAAAUCCAACGGUUGAAAAUUUACCGAUUGAAUCAGCAAGAGAUUGUUUCAGGCGGUUUAAUCUAGAGUUCAACGACGCGUACCGGAAACAGUCCACGUGGAUUAUCUCAGACUCGAAACUCCGAGAUGAUAUUAAAAUCUCGUUGUUCAAAAAGAUUUUACCGGCUUACCGGACGUUGUAUGAAGGGUACCGAGGGUGUUUCCGAGGGGUUGAUGCCGUGGUGAAAUAUGCUCCUGAUGAUUUAGGAAACUAUUUGUCGGAUUUGUUUCACGGUACCGGAGCUCCGGGAAGUGUUAAUGGGUCGUCGCAUUCGUCUUCAAGCUCCUUAUCGCGUAGCCGUUGAGACGGUCCAGGGUAUCUUGGAGAUUUUUAUUUUUUUAUUGAUUGGGCUGUAAAAACAAUAUUGACAUUGACAACUAGAAAUAAUAUGAUUCUUUUAUUAGCA